AAACCGCACACACAAACUGACACCCAAACGCUCCCUAAUACACACCAUACUACAACAGUCCUGCACUCGUACUACCAGUCUACCACUCCUACACAUUUCCACUCCAGUCCUCACCGUUUCACACACAAUCUCUCUCUCUCUCUCUCUCUCUCUCUCUCACGCACACACUACUCCUCAAAAUGCGUAACGUCAGAAUCAAACCUACUUUCGCCGACCGCCGCUACCGCCGCCGUACCUUCACCGUCAAAUGCCAUGACCGCGUCAUCCUCACCACAGUCACCUCCACUCCCGCCGUCGUCCGCUCCUGGCUCCACCGCGUCAUCUCGUCCUUCAUUCACCACUUCCGCGCUCGCCGCCUCGUUGUCGGCCUCGGCGUGCAGUGGCGCGAAGACUGCUCCCAGGCCGCGACGCUCCAGCUCUGCGUCGGCCGCUUCUGCCUCAUUUUCCAGCUCCUUUACGCUCGCAACGUACCACGCUCUCUCCGCCGCUUCUUAUCCAACCCUAACAUCACUUUUGUCGGCGUCGGGAACAGUCGCGAUCGCGGUAUGUUGUCGCGAUCGCGCCACGAGAUCGACGUCGAUCAGCUCGUCGAUGCGCGCUACGUGGCGGCGGAGAGGAGAAACAUCAGUGUGCGAGUCUCGAUGGAGAGAUUGGCGGAGAUGAUAUUAGGAAUGUCCGGAUUGGAUAAGCCUGAGGAGAUUGGGAGGAGUAACUGGAAUGUUAGUUUGUUGAGUCAUAAGCAAGUUGUUUAUGCUUGUGUUGAUGCUUUUGUUUCGUUUUGUUUAGGCAGAGAUCUUGAUGCUUGGGACUGGAAUAGGAACAUAAAUGAAGUAGCAUUUGCUGGCCACUCCAUUUGUUUGAUCGAAACUGCUGCUCCUGCUCAAUUAGACCCAAUCCCAGAGUAUUCUUCGGAUGAUGAGAUUGCAGCAGUGGAGUAUGAAGAUGAUCAGUAUCACUAUGAUGAAGACUGUGGCUCUUAUUUUAUAUAACUCGCAGAUUUUCAUAUUAUAUAUAUAAGUAACAAUAUGUCGAAGUAUUAUAACUCUACUAGGCAGGUAUGACUACCCUUUUUGGUUCUAAAGGCUAUGGAAGCAUCUUCAUAGCAAGGGUCUAAGGAAUGCACUUUUUGAUGUAAAUAAUGAAAACGUUCAAUGGUAAUGCUUACAGUUUCCACUGGGUGCUAUAGAUUUAGAAUUGAACCCAUACCUAUUGUCAAAUUAAUACUGUUCCUAAAUAUUUAGUUUAAUUCGGCAU